CCCGAGGGCGAGUUUACUCUUUCAGAAGUGGCGGUCGCGAGGGCGACGUCUCUCCAGGUCUCUCAUCCAGAUGGAACGGUACCAAGGGCGAAGUCUUUCAUCCAGAUGGAUCGGUCCCGAGGGCGAGGUCGCUCUUCCAGAAGGAUCGGUCCCGAGGGCGAGGUCGCUCUUCCAGAAGGAUCGGUCCCGAGGGCGAGGUCGCUCUUCCAGAAGGAUCGGUCCCGAGGGCGAGGUCGCUCUUCCAGAAGGAUCGGUCCCGAGGGCGAGGUCGCUCAUCUAGAAGAUCGGUCCCGAGGGCAAGGUCGCUCUUCCAGAAGGAUCGGUCCCGAGGGCGAUGUCGCUCUUCCAGAAGGAUCGGUCCCGAGGGCGAGGUCGCUCAUCUAGAAGAUCGGUCCCGAGGGCGAGGUCGCUCAUCUAGAAGGAUCGGUCCCGAGGGCGAGGUCGCUCAUCUAGAAGGAUCGGUCCCGUGGGCGAGGUCGCUCAUCUAGAAGGAUCGGUCCCGAGGGCGAGGUCGCUCAUCUAGAAGGAUCGGUCCCGAGGGCGAGGUCGCUCAUCUAGAAGGAUCGGUCCCGAGGGCGAGGUCGCUCAACCUGAAAGGGCUGUCCCGAGGACGAGGUCGCUCAACCAGAAAGAGCUGUUCCGAGGACGAGGUCGCUCAUCCAGAAAGAGCUGUUCCGAGGACGAGGUCGCUUGUCCAGACGUAGCGGUCCCAAUGGCGAUGUCGCUCGUCCAGACGUAGCGGUCCCAAUGGCGAUGUCGGUCAUCCAGACGUAGCUGUCCCAAGGGCGAGGUCGCUCAUCCAGAAAGGGCUGUCCCGAGGACGAGGUCGCUCAUCCAGACAUGGCGAUACCGAGGACGAUGUCGCUCAUCCAGAAGGAUCUGUCCCAAGGGCGAGGUCGCUCAUCCAGAAGGAACUGUCCCAAGGGCAAAGCGGAUUGGUCCUUUAGGGUGAGUUUGUAGCCAAAUGUAUCGUUCUCAGGGUUUGGGACAUGAAACCCAGUGAAACUAAAGGUAAACAAUUUAUGGAAAAAAUGAAAUUGAGAGGCAUGAAGAAUGGAUAGGAUAAAUUUUUGGGGGUGGGGUCGCUCAUCCAGAAGGAGCUGUCCCGAGGGUGAGGUUACUCUUUCAGAAGGAUCUCUUCCGAGGGCGAGGUCGCUCUUUCGGAAGGAUCGGUCCACAGGGCGAGGUUGCUCAUCCAGAAGGACCGGUGCCAAAGGCGAGGUUUCUCAUCCAGAAGGAUUGGUCCCAAGGACGAUGUCGCUCAACCAGAAGGAGCUGUCCCAAGGGCGAUAUCGCUCAACCAGAAGGAGCUGUCCCAAGGGCGAUAUCGCUCAACCAGAAGGAGCUGUCCCAAGGGCGAUGUCGCUCAACCAGAAGGAGCUGUCCCAAGGGCGAUGUCGCUCAACCAGAAGGAGCUGUCCCAAGGGCGAUGUCGCUCAACCAGAAGGAGCUGUUCCAAGGGCGAUGUCGCUCAUCCAGAAGGAGCUGUUCCAAGGGCGAGGCCGCUCAUCCAGAAGGAGCUGUCCCAAGGACGAGGCCGCUUAUCAAGAAGGAGCUGUCCCUAGGGCAAGGCCGUUCAUCCAGAAGGAGCUGUCCCAAGGGCGAGGCCGCUCAUCCAGAAGGAGCUGUCCCAAGGGCGGGGCCGCUCAUCCAGAAGGAUCUGUCCCAAGGGCGAGGCCUCACAUCCAGAAGGAUCUGUCCCAAGGGCGAGGCCUCACAUCCAGAAGGAUCUGUCCCAAGGGCGAGGCCUCACAUCCAGAAGGAUCUGUCCCAAGGGCGAGGCCUCACAUCCAGAAGGAUCUGUCCCAAGGGCGAGGCCUCACAUCCAGAAGGAUCUGUCCCAAGGGCGAGGUCGCUCUUUUGGAAGGAUCGGUCCACAGGGCGAGGUUGCUCAUUCAGAAGGAUCGGUGCCAAGGGCGAGGUUUCUCAUCCAGAAGGAUUGGUCCCAAGGACGAUGUCGCACAUCCAGAAGGAGCUGUUCCAAGGGCGAUGUCGCUCAUCCAGAAGGAGCUGUCCCAAGGGCGAUGUCGCUCAUCCAGAAGGAGCUUGUUCACGGACGAUGUCGCUCAUCCAGAAGGAGCUGUCCCAAGGGCGAUGUCGCUCAUCCAGAAGGAUCUGUCCCAGGUGAGGUCGCUCAUCUAGGAGGAGCUGUCCCAAGGGCGAGGUCGCUCAUCUAGGAGGA